UGCCACGACUCCACACGCGCGCACGCAGCCAGCGAGCAGCCGGAGCGGACGGCGGUCGGGGCGGGGGGCGUCGGGGUCGCGGCGCCUGCAGUUGCUCGGGGGCGGCUUCUCGGCGGAGGCUCGGCCGGCUCCUCUCUCCCGGUUCCGCGGCGGCGGCGGCUCCUGCCCUCUCGCUCUCCCUCCCGCGUCUCCGGCUGCAGGUGAAAGGAAAGCAAGCCAGGAUGGAUAUUUACGACACCCAGACCUUGGGGGUUGUGGUCUUUGGUGGAUUCAUGGUUGUUUCCGCCAUCGGCAUCUUCCUGGUGUCGACGUUCUCCAUGAAGGAGACGUCGUAUGAAGAAGCUCUAGCCAACCAGCGCAGGGAGAUGGCGAAGACUCACCACCAGAGGGUGGACAAGAAGAAGAAGGAGAAAACAGUGGAGAAGAAAGGAAAGGCCAGAAAGAAGGACGAGAAACCCAACGGGAAGAUACCUGACCACCAGCCGGGCCCCGGCGAGACCCUCCUCCCCAAGGGUGCGGUGCGGGCGCCUGCGGUGGCAGUGGCCCCAGCCGCAGCCCAGUCCCCCGCGGUCAUUCCCCCCGUAGCCACGGUGCUAGCCAUGCCCCAGGAGAAGCCAGCUUCGUCCCCUAAGGACAAAAAGAGGAAGGAGAAAAAGGGGGCAAAGGUGGAACCAGCAGUCAGUUCCGUAGUAAAUUCCAUCCAGGUUCUUGCCUCAAAGGCUGCCAUUUUGGAAGCCGCUCCCAAGGAGGGCAAAAAUGCAGAUAUGGUCCAGAGCCAGGAGGCACAAAAGCAAGAAGCUCCUGUGAAGAAGAAGUCUGGGUCUAAGAAGAAAGGGCCCCCAGAGACUGACAGCCCGCUCUGCCUUCCCUACAAGACGCUGGUCUCCACGGUCGGAAGCAUGGUAUUCAGCGAGGGCGAGGCCCAGCGGCUCAUCGAGAUCCUGUCUGAGAAAGCAGGUGUUGUCCAGGACACGUGGCAUAAGGCCACGCAGAAGGGUGACCCCGUGGCGAUUCUGAAACGCCAGCUGGAAGAGAAGGAGAAGCUGCUGGCCACAGAGCAGGAGGACGCGGCCGCCGCCAAGAGCAAACUGAGGGAGCUCAAUAAGGAGCUGGCAGCGGAAAAGGCCAAAGCAGCAGCGGGGGAGGCCAAAGUGAAAAAGCAGCUGGUGGCCCGGGAGCAGGAGAUCACGGCCGUGCAGGCGCGCAUGCAGGCCAGCUACCGGGAGCAUGUCCAGGAGGUGCAGCAGCUGCAGGGCAAGAUCCGGACGCUCCAGGAGCAGCUGGAGAAUGGCCCCAACACGCAGCUGGCCCGCCUGCAGCAGGAGAACUCCAUCCUGAGGGAUGCCUUGAACCAGGCCACGAGCCAGGUGGAGAGCAAGCAGAAUGCAGAGCUGGCCAAGCUCCGGCAGGAGCUGGGCAAGGUCAGCAAGGAGCUGGUGGAGAAGUCGGAGGCCGCACGGCAGGAGGAGCAGCAGCGGAAGGCGCUGGAGACCAAGGCGGCCGCCUUCGAGAAGCAGGUCCUGCAGCUGCAGGCGUCUCACAAGGAGAGCGAGGAGGCCCUACAGAAGCGCCUGGAUGAGGUCAGCCGGGAGCUGUGCCGCUCACAGACCAGCCACGCCAGCCUCCGGGCGGACGCCGAGAAGGCCCGGGAGCAGCAGCAGCAGAUGGCCGAGCUGCACGGCAAGCUGCAGUCCUCCGAGGCUGAGGUGAGGAGCAGGUGCAAGGAGCUGAGCAGCGUCCAUGGGCAGCUGGACGAGGCCAAGGCACAAAACUCGCAGCUCACGGAGAGGAUCCGCUCCAUCGAGGCCCUGCUGGAGGCGAGCCAGGCCCGGGAUGCCCAGGCCAGCCGAGAGGAGGCCGACCAGCAGCAGGCCCGCCUCAUGGAGCUGGAGUCGCAGGUGUGGUGUCUGGAGAAGGAGGCCACGGAGCUCAAGGAGGCAGUUGAGCAGCAGAAAGUGAAGAACAAUGAUCUCCGAGAGAAGAACUGGAAGGCGAUGGAGGCUCUGGCCUCGGCCGAGAGGGGCUGCGAGGAGAAGCUGCGGUCCCUGACCCAGGCCAAGGAGGAGUCCGAGAAGCAGCUCAGCCUGACGGAGGCCCAGACCAGGGAGGCCCUGCUGGUCCUGCUCCCGGGCCUCUCUGCCCCCACCCACCAGAAUUACGCCGAGUGGCUGCAGGAGCUCAAAGAGAAAGGCCCAGAGCUGCUGAAGCAGCCACCAGCAAACACGGCGCCCUCGAGCGACCUGGCUGCCAAGCUGAGGGAGGCGGAGGAGACGCAGAGCAGCCUUCAGGCCGAGUGCGACCAGUACCGCAGCAUCCUGGCCGAGACGGAGGCCAUGCUCAAAGCCUUGCAGAAGAGCGUGGAGGAGGAGGAACAGGUGUGGAAGGCCCGGGUGAGCACCACGGAGGAGGAGCUCCAGAAGUCGCGGGUCACAGUGAAGCAUCUUGAAGAGACUGUUGGGAAGCUGAAAGGGGAACUUGAAAGUGCCGAUCAGGUGAGGGAGCACACGUCACAUCUGGAGGCCGAGCUGGAGAAGCACAUGGCGGCCGCGAGCGCCGAGUGCCAGAACUACGCCACGGAGGUGGCAGGGUUGAGGCAGCUUUUAUUAGAAUCUCAGUCUCAGCUGGAUGCAGCCAAGAGUGAAGCCCAGAAACAAAGCGACGAGCUUGCCCUGGUCAGGCAGCAGUUGAGUGAGAUGAAGAGCCACGUAGAGGAUGGUGACGUAGCCGGGUCCCCGGCUGUCCCCCCAGAGGCCCCCUCAGCAGAGCAGGACCCCGUCGAGCUGAAGAUGCAGCUGGAGCGGACGGAAGCCAUCCUGGAGGACGAGCAGACGCAGCGGCAGAAGCUCAUGGCCGAGUUCGAGGAGGCUCAGCUCGUGUCGAGUCGUCUGCAGGGGGAGUUGGAGAAGCUCCACUGCAGCAGCGCCCUCGGGUCCUCAGAGGCGGAGGAGGCCAUGCGGCUCAAGGAGAGACUAGAAAAGGAGAAGAAAUUAACCAGUGACCUGGGACGUGCUGCCACCAAACUACAGGAGCUUUUGAAGACGACCCAGGAGCAGCUGGCAAAGGAGAAAGACACGGUGAGGAAGCUGCAGGAGCUGCUGGACAGACCAGAGGCCGGCAGCAGCAGCUCGACGGAGGGAACGUCUGUCUGA